AUGCAGCGCCCGGUGGGACCACAACAUCAGGCCUGGAGGUGGGACUCGUGGCUAGCGGAGUUGGGGGAUGGGGCGUGGCUAUGUUACGGCCCCUUUAAUCACGCCGUGGGUACCAACAGCCAGGGCGGAAGGUUGGGGUCUCUGGCAUUGGUACUGCCCGUUAAGUCAGCGGCGUGGGACUCAACCCCGUCGUACUUCAGGCUGAGUUUUGGACUCGGGGCUAUGGAUAUCGUGCCCUUUAAACGCGUGGGACCAACAUCCAGGCUGAGUUUGGACUCGUGCUAUGUAUCGUGGCCCGAGUAUGUCAGCGCCGAUGGAACCAAACAUCAGCGUGAGUUUGGAUUGCGUCGUGGCUAUAGGGUCAGCGCCGUGGGACCUUACAGCAGGCGGAAGUGUUGGAUCUCGUGGCUUUGGUACGUGCCCUUUAAGUUCAGUGCCGGUAGGACCAACAUCAGGCUGAGUUUGGCGUCGGUGGCUAUGUCAGUCGCCAGUGGAUCCAACUUCAGCGGAGAGUUUGUGGACUACGUGGCUAGCGUACGGAGCCCUUUAAGUUCAGAGCGUGGGACCAACAUCAGGCAUGUGUUUGACCUGCGUGGCUAUGAGCGCGUGCGAACCAACAUCAGUCCUGCCCCUGCUGCUGCUGCUGCUGCUGCUGCCCCUGCUGCUGCCCCUGCUGCCGCCGCCGCCCCGGGGCAAACUGUCGGCCAGCGCAGGCGUCUGUACAGCGCCGUCCCGGGGCGGGUCUUUGUGGCCACACGCUCUCACUCGGCUCAGGGCGAGAGGGAGAUCGGCUUCAGCAAAGGAGACCGAGUCAAAGGUCAGUCUGUCACGGCCUGA